UUCAUCAUUUUUCAACAAUGGAUUCUUCCAAAUUUUUACUAGUAGCUUUGGCUUUAGGAUUAAUGGUCUCUGGAAUCCUUUACAAUCCCGUCCAGAACCAGCUAACUUUGCGAGAUUACAACAAACUUCCGCGAAUAUAUGAAUACGAUGAAUUCAACAAAUGCCAAAGCAUGUUUUCGGACAAGUUCGUCUACUGUGUAGUGUCUAUAAAAUUGCAUCCCAACAACUCUAGCAUGAUGUGGAAAUAUAUUGAAGAUUUGUCAUCAAAUAGGAGAAAUUUUCCCCACGAUAUUCUUGAGCGUGGAUUAUGCCUGAACAAUUUAGAAACCAGAAAAAUAGACAAGCCCGAAAUGGUAUCAUUGGUAAAUGGCCACUUCCGAAAACGUAUCCACGAUCAAUUUGGAUUGAAGAGCAGUACUUGUAUAAAGUUUUGUUGGAACAAGGACGUACUGUUGAAAAAAUAUGGAUUCGGCGAAAUAGUAUUUUUGUGCUCUGCAAUUGUAUUACUCGUUAUACCAAUACUAAUGACCAGCAGACAACUAGUCUUCGGAUCGUCUGGAAUACUUGUGGAGUCUUUCUCUAUUAUUAGUAACAUGCGACGUCUUACCAUGCCUCGAAAAAACAUUCAAAACGACUUACUUCUCCUGGAAGGACUACGUGUUAUCGGUAUGUUAACUAUACUUACGGUUCAUUCCGUUUUACCAAUAAUUCGACUGCCUCUAAAAAACACCGAGGAUCUAGAAUGGCAAACAAACCAUUUCAUAUUUCCACUGUUAAACUCAGGCAAUACACAUAUGAUACAAUUUUUUUUCGCUCUUGGUGGAAUGGUUUUUGGACUAAGCAUCUGCUCUAAUUUUGAUUGCUAUCUAGGCUCUUUUCGAAUCAUGUUUUUCUUGACUAAAAUUCUUCGUCGAUUGAUAAGAAUUUUACCAUCGUAUAUGUUCAUUAUUUUCUAUCAGGCAACGUUCUAUAAACGAAUCAAAGAAGGGCCAUUAGCAAUAAAAUUUGAGGAUUUUUGUUCUGAAAAUUGGUGGACCAACAUUUUGUUUGUAAAUAAUUAUGUUGAUACAUCAAAACCGUGUCUACAAUACAGUUGGUACUUGGGUGUAGAUUUUCAGUUGUCGUUGAUUGCUACAACUCUCACAUCACUCAUGUUGAAAUUUCACCGAAGGAAACAUUUUAUUGCAGUGUGUAUGAUAAUCAGUGCAUUUCUAAUUCCUGCAUUCGUCAUUUACAUAGAAAACAUAGAGCCAACUAUGACCUUCAAUAUGCGAUACGCCCUAGAAGAGCUUCGUACGUACAAGCACUUUGUUAAAUUCUAUCUGCCCUGUCAAUCGAACAUAAGCAGUUAUUUUUGGGGUAUUUUAGUGGCAUUUAUUUACAAAAGAGUUCUUUUUAUCAGAUUUCAUUGCUUACAAGCAAAUUAUCUGUUUGGAGGAUGUUUGAUUGCCUUGGGAUUUUUAAACGCCAGCACAAUUAUAUUAGAUGAUUUGGAAAUAGGUCCCAUUAUGCGUGCAUUAUACGGUUCACUAUUAAAAAAUUCAUGGGGGCUGGCAUUCAGUUUUUCAUUUUUAUACUUAGCUAAAAAUAAUAAUCGAACAAAAAUCGCCAAACUAUUAUUGCACCCAGUAAUGCAAACUAUUGCCAAAUUUUGCUACAGUAUUUAUCUUGUGCAGUACUCUGUGAUAUACGCAUGUUAUACUAAUUUGAAAGUACCGAUUACCUACGGAAAAAUGCAUACAAUAACUUUGAUAUUUGCCAUCACGAUAAUCUCCACAUUUGCUGGAAUACUGCUCUUCAUUGCUGUGGAAGCCCCAUUCUCGUUUUUGGGAAUUACAUGUUUAAGAUUGGGGUUUAAAGGAAUCAAAAAUGGUGCUCUAGAUCUUCAUUUAAAGAAGCUAUAAAUAUUAUUUCGUAGAUAUGUUAUCUGUUUGACAAGGUUUCGGAUCGAAAACGAACGAAAAAUGAAAGAGGACUGUUUCAGAACUGCAGAACGGUGCC